AUGGCAGCAUCUGAGGUUGCAGAUUUGGAUCUCACAAUAGAUGACUUAGUGCCAAAAACCCCUGAAAAGUUGGCAGAAGAGAAAAAAGAAAGCGGAAACCAUUUAUACAAAUUCAAAAAUUACAAAGGAGCUCUGGCUAUGUAUGAAGAGUCUAUAAAGCUGUGCCCAGAGAAUGCUGCAUACUAUGGAAACAGAUCUGCUUGUUACAUGAUGCUUGGCAUGUAUAAGAAAGCUGUUGAAGAUGCUCAGAAAGCAGUUGCACUUGAUGCUACAUUCACAAAAGGGUAUAUCAGAAUGGCAAAGUGUUGUAUUGCAUUAGGUGAUUUAUCAGGGGCAGAACAAGCUAUAACCCGUGCCACUGAAUUGGGUGGUGCUGACUGUGCUUUGAAUGAGAAGCGUGCUCUUGAAUCACUUCGAAGAUUACAUGAAGAUGCCCAAAAUGCUAUGGAAGCUAAUGAUCACAGACGUGUUGUGUUCUGUAUGGACCGCUGUCUUGAAUAUAGUCCGUCUAGUUCUAGAGCAAAACUUAUAAAAGCAGAGUGCCUAGCAAUGCUUGGUAGAUGUCAGGAAGCUCAAGAAAUUGCAAAUGAUUCCUUGAGAUUUGAUAGUUUUGAUACAGAAGCCAUUUAUGUUCGUGGACUGUGCCUUUACUUUGAGGAUAAAGACGAACAAGCAUUCAAACAUUUCCAACAAGUACUGAGACUAGCCCCUGAUCACAGAAAGGCAAUUGAAACCUACAAAAAAGCAAAGCUCUUAAAACAGAAGAAAGAAGAAGGAAAUGAAGCAUUCAAAAUGGGUCAAUGGCAGCAAGCAUUACAUUUAUAUAAUGAAGCUCUUACUAUUGACAAAAACAAUCGUAAAGUUAAUGCUAAACUAUACUUUAACAAGGCGACAGUGUGUGCCAAACUUAACCAGACAAGGGAAGCUGCAGAUGCUUGCACAGCUGCUCUUGAAUUAGAUGAAAACUAUGUAAAAGCCUUAUUACGUCGCGCUAAAUGUUACACAGAACUUGGAGAAUUUGAGGAAGCAGUCAAAGAUUAUGAAAGAUUGUACAAAAUCGAUAAAACGAAGGAAAACAAGCAGUUGUUGCAUGAAGCAAAGAUUGCGCUUAAAAAAUCAAAACGCAAGGACUAUUACAAAAUUCUUGGCAUUGAAAAGACGGCAUCUGAUGAUGAUAUUAAAAAGGCGUACAGAAAACGUGCCUUAGUCCACCAUCCAGACAGACACGCGAACGCAUCGGACAAUGAACGCCGUGAACAGGAAAAGAGAUUCAAAGACGUGGGUGAAGCUUACGGCGUUCUCAGUGACCCCAAGAAACGAGCCAGAUAUGACCAUGGACAGGAUUUGGAUGAUGAUGGUUCAGGCGUUGGAGAUCUUGACCCCAAUGUUGUGUACCAGACGUUCUUCCGCGGUGGAGUGGAUCCCCAAUUCAAUUUUUCUCAUGGAGGCUUCCCCGGACAUGGAUUCAGUUUCCAGUUUGGUUAA